GAUUCAUCUGUGCUGAAAUUAGAUCACGCAAAGAUGGCGGCGUCGGACAAGGUGGUGGAGAGCGUGAUAGCCGGAAGCUACGAAGAGAUGGAGACCGACGGCAAGCCCCGAGACCUCCGAUCCACCAUUUCCAAUUUCUUCUGGCAUGGCGGCUCCGUCUACGACGCCUGGUUCAGCUGCGCUUCCAAUCAGGUGGCGCAGGUGCUGCUGACGUUGCCGUACUCGUUCUCCCAGCUGGGGAUGACGUCAGGCAUUCUGUUUCAGCUGUUUUACGGCGUGAUGGGCAGCUGGACGGCCUACCUCAUCAGCAUUCUCUACGUCGAGUACCGAACCCGAAAAGAGCGUGAAAAAGUCGAUUUCAGAAACCAUGUUAUUCAGUGGUUUGAAGUGCUGGAUGGGCUGCUGGGGAAGCACUGGAGGAAUGUGGGACUGGCUUUCAACUGCACUUUCCUUCUCUUUGGAUCCGUAAUUCAGCUCAUUGCCUGUGCCAGCAAUAUUUAUUAUAUAAACGACAAUUUGGACAAGAGGACCUGGACCUACAUAUUCGGAGCAUGCUGUGCCACCACCGUCUUCAUCCCAUCUUUCCAUAAUUACAGAAUUUGGUCUUUUCUUGGCCUUAUUAUGACUACUUACACUGCUUGGUACCUCACCAUUGCUUCCUUACUCCAUGGACAGGUGGAAGGUGUGAAGCACUCGGGCCCCACCAAGUUGGUCCUAUACUUCACUGGAGCCACAAACAUUCUCUACACCUUUGGGGGGCAUGCUGUCACAGUAGAGAUAAUGCACGCAAUGUGGAGGCCGCAGAAGUUCAAGGCAAUAUACUUGUUGGCAACAGUAUAUGUGUUGACGUUAACAAUUCCAUCGGCAUCAGCUGUGUACUGGGCUUUUGGUGAUCUCCUCCUCAACCACUCCAACGCUUUUGCCCUUCUUCCCAGAUCACCCUUCAGGGAUAUUUCCGUCAUUUUGAUGCUCAUUCACCAGUUUAUAACGUUCGGGUUUGCCUGCACGCCCCUCUACUUCGUCUGGGAGAAGGCCAUCGGGAUGCACGAGUGUCGGAGCCUGUGCAAGAGGGCGGCCGCACGCCUGCCUGUGGUGAUCCCCAUCUGGUUCCUGGCCAUCGUCUUCCCCUUCUUCGGCCCCAUCAACUCCACCGUUGGAUCGCUUCUUGUUAGCUUCACCGUCUAUAUCAUUCCCUCUCUAGCCCACAUUUUCACCUUCCGAACAUCUGCCGCUCGUGAGAAUGCGGUGGAGCAGCCGUCGAAAUACAUGGGACGAUGGGUGGGGACAUAUACGAUCAACGUAUUCGUAGUAAUAUGGGUCUUGAUUGUCGGGUUUGGCUUUGGUGGAUGGGCUAGUAUGACCAACUUCAUCCAUCAAAUUGAUACAUUUGGCCUCUUCACCAAAUGCUACCAAUGCAUGCCCCAGCUCCCGCCGUCGUCGCCGCCCCACUUCCACAAUGCCACUGCUCCUCUUCACCCUCCGCCCGCUAACCUCACUCACGCGCCGCCGCAUCUUCACGCCCUAUGAAACCAAAGCUUAAUUAUGUCUUCAAAUGUAAUGGAAUGUUGUAGUUUAGGAUGUCUUAAUUCUACUUUAUGAAAACUAUGGAUCUUCUAAUCAAUGAAAAUUUGUAUCUAUGUUUUAUU